AUGACAGCGGAUCACAAUUGUCCGUGUGAACUUAUUUUAAAAAUAGGCUGCAAUGAAUAUGAUGAGAUUUCAACAGCGAUAACAAGUCUUCUACGUUCAUGUUCUAUAACUGAUCCGAAAUUUUUCUUUGUUGAACGACAAAUUCAACCAACAACAUAUUUCGGCUCAUUUACAGCUAAUCCAUCAAAUUCAAAGAUUCCAAUUCAAUGUCAAUCAUUGAGUUGUGUCAUUUUUUUAACAGAUGAAAUUCUCAAGAAACAUGAAAAAAAAGACUUUUUCAAAUCGAUACAUACAUGGAAUUUUCAUCAUAAAAUUGAAUUGUUAGAUGAAUAUAAACAAAUAAUAGCACGACAAGACUACUAUGAAUUAUCACAUUUAUUACCUUUAUGGUCGAUAUCACAUCUGCCAUAUAAUCGGCAUGUAAUUAUACGUUUUAAUAUAUUUACGAAAAAUUUCGAUUCGAUGCUAAAAUUUUAUAAACAUUUAUUUCAACGUCAACCGGAUUCUAGUAAAACAGGUUUUGUAGUAUUUAAUCUAUCAUCACCAAUAAAUAAUAAAUUACUUUAUCAACUGUCUAUUAAAUAUUCUCCAUCAAUUCAAUCAUAUACAAUAUCACAAGGAGCUUAUUUAAAAUUUCGUUUAACUAAUUUGAAUUAUUUUAUACAUGAAUAUACAAGUAAAUUAUUUUCAAUAAAUAAAUAUGAAUAUUAUAUUUAUGAUCCGGAUGGAAAUCUUCUUCAUUUGCAUUUACAUAAUUUGUCAUCGAAUAUAAAAGAAUGCAUAUCAUUAAAACCAUCCAUUCAUACAAAUGAUAGCGGUUUUGGGGAUAGUAGUGAUCCUUCAACGCAAUUGCUUAAUUCAGCUGUAUCACAAAUUUAUCAGACAAGCAAUGAUAUAGAUGGUCAAAGUUAUACAUCAAAUGAUUCUGCUCAAUGUAGUUCAAUAUCAUCAAAUGAAAUAAAUACACAAAAAAUGAGUGUUCAUCAUAAUAAUGUUAUUUCAAAAAAUAAUAUAUCAGUUCGAUCAGCAAAUAAAAGUGAAAUCAAUUAUCGACUAAAACAACAACAACGAACAGUAUUUCCUUAUGUAUCUCUAAAUCAUCAACAAUGGAAACCGUCAUUAUACGAAAGUGAACCACGUUUAUCAAAUUUUAUGACUUAUAACAAUCGAUAUUAUUCGUCGAUGAAUAACAUUCGACCAUCAAAUAAAACUCACUCAUUUCCGACUAAGUAUUUGAAAUCUCCAAUUUUAACCAAUUCAAAUGAUAAUAAUGCUUCCUAUGCAGUCGACUCUCCAGUUAUUGAACCGAAAAAAUUGACAAAUUCAUCUACAUACGGUUAUCUGAAUGCGUUUUUAUUAAAAAAGAAACAACAAGCGGUUGUUUCACAAAAAGUUAAAGAAAAUAUUAAACAAUUGGAAAAAUCCAAUAUAAUAUCAAUCGCAUCGCGACCGAAAUCAGUACCAUUAAUUGAUCCAUUAGUAUUUUCAUCGUCUAAACCCACGAACGUGAAUUUACAACAAACUAUUCACGAUAAAGUACCAUCGCUAUCAAAUAGAUCCUCGCAACCGUCUGUGAAAACUCUCGACUACGAAUGGGAGAAUUCUAAUAAUGAUGUGUCGUACACAGACGAAGAAGAUGUGAACACUUCAUUGAAUCAAACGCAAACUCCACGAAUCAAUAUUGGUAUAACAUUAGAUUCUCGCUUAACAAAGACACCUGUACUUGAUAUGUUAAGAAGCACGACCAUGCGAUCGGAAAGAAUCGCAUCACAACAACGCCUGAAUAGAACAUUUUCAUUACGACAUGGGGUUAUACCCAUAGCACGCUUUUAA